AUGUUGACAACAGCAACAUCCUCAUCUUCAUUCAACAGAUUUGUAAAAGUCAUUGUUGAUGGAGUUCCAUAUGAAGCAAAGCCGAACGAGAGAAUCCUUGAUUUCUUUAGCCGUAACCACAUUCAGAUCCCACACAAGUGCCAAGGAAUGCAUGAGUGCGGUCUUUGUCGUGUCAUUGCUAAUGGUAAGAAGGAAUUCUCUUGCAAUACUCGUAUUACAGAAGGCAUGACAAUUAACACCCAAGAUCCUGGCAUUAAAAGAUCGAACAUCAAGAAAGUACAGCGAAUGGCAAUGAAAGAUGAAGACAUUGCUAAUGCUUACAGGAUGAUUCAAGAUCCAACAAGGAAACAAACCCAUACAGAUAUUACAACGGGUUCCAUCUCAUUAAAUCACGCCGCUUGCAUUGAUUGCUACAAAUGUGUUGAUGUAUGUCCAACUGGCGCUCUAACAAAGGGCAAUCACCUUCAGACAUUUGGUCAUUUCGGUCUUCGCGACUCUGGCUGUGUUUCUUGCGGUGCCUGCGUUGAUGUUUGCCCGACAAAGGCCAUCACAGUCACAGAUAACAUUCCAGUCUGGAGAGGUGCCAUGAAGAUCAAAGAAUCUACAAAGGUUGCUGUUGUUGAUCUUACUCUUUGCCACGUCAUUGAGAAGGAAUUCGGACUUCCAGCAGGUUCAAUGACAUACGACAAGCUUGCUGUUAUCCUUAAGAACAUGGGCUUCCAAUAUCUUCUUGAUGCUGCUCUUAUCAACGACUACGAAAUUGUUAAAGAUGCAGCUCGUAUUUUCAACCAUCAUACACAAGGAUUCCUCCAGACAAUUGGCUCUUUCUGCCCAACAAUGACACGCAAGCUCCUUGAAUACCCACCAACACCAGCAGAAAAGGUCGUUGAGUUCCUUACAACACCAGAGCUUGAUGUUACAACAUUUGUUAUUUCAGAUUUUCUUUCACGCCGUUCUGAAGCUACAUUCUACAUCAACAACCCAGAUAUUUACCUCUCAGUUGGUGUUACAACAGCAGAAUUCAUCAAGAUAUUGAAAGAAGACAAGCCAUCAUUCGACGGAACACCAUGCGAGAUCUUCCCUCUCGGAUCUGCUCAAGGCACAUCAGCCAUUACAUCAGAACGCUUUGCUGAUGCUGUUGUCUCAACAUUCGGCAAGAACUACCUUACAAUGAGAACACCACCACUUAACUUCAAGAAGGUUGAUGAAGGAAUCAAGAUUGCCGAAUUCCCAGUUCAAGAUGAAAUCACAGCCCAAGUUGCUGUUGUCGAAGGUGUUUCUGAUGUUGACAGACUCUACGAGAAAGACUACAAGAACAUCAUUUACAUUUCUCCAAACGAGAGAUUACAUCCAAACACAGUUUCUGCACUUCCUUCAAUCGAUGCAGAGGCUUCAAAGAGAAACAUCAAGCUCGCACAUGAAAAUCCAGAUGCAAUGAUGCUCUGGCACAGAUUCCUUAAGGAAAUCGAUGAUGAAAAGUGGCUCAAGAGGAAGAAGUAA